UAAGCAAUUCCCAUCAUCAGUUUCCGUACUACUGGAUUGUAAACUUCUAUCGUGCAGACUUUCAGAAAGUUUUUUUUUAUAUUUUUUUUGGCUUUUCAAACCAUUCUAAACAUUUGGAUACGGGCACAGAGGUAAUAUAAUAAAAAUACGUUGAUAUCUGUUGUCUUUGUGGAAUUUAUUGAGGAGAAAGAAGUCUGACAAUCAUAUUUAUUAACUAAUUAAUAUUUUCUUUUUUUCUUAAAAAGUACUACUGUACAUUUAAUAACAGAGAUGGGAUGUUCAGACGUCAAGCAAUUUCUUUUAUGCACUGGAGAUGUGACUAAGAAUUUGAAGUCUGGAAUUUGGAAUGCUUCUCGUUCGGUAUCCAAUUUAGAGUUGAUCAAGGCAUUAGAAAAUGGCAGUUUACAAGAAUUAAAGAAUACUAGAGACAUGGUGGACUCUCAAACUAAGAUCUUCGUUGCUCCAAAUGAUUCCCUUCAAAAUCUUGAUGGAAAAGCUGAUGACUAUGAAAUAAUUGUGAAGUUGUUUUUUUUAGAUGGAAAAAAUGAUAGCCUUAAUGGCAGGCGUGAAACCACCGAUCAGGUGUUCUUUUAUCUGAGUCAGUUGUUUGGAAUCCAUAGUGUCUCGACACUGGUCGCUUCCUUCCCCCAUAUAGUAUUUUCAAAAGAAGGUUUAAAUAGUUCUUCAAAUUCACGGGUAUAUUCUUCCAUUGACGAGGUUCCUCAAAAAGAGAUUCAAUCUUGGAUCGACACUUGGAAGAUACUGGAAGAAAAAAUUCAUGAUGGAAAAGUAAAGACUUUAGGUGUCAGUGAGUUCGGUGUUCCAGAGUUGGAGCGGUUAAUUCCUAAUGUAGAGAUCUCACCCGAGUCUACUCAAGUGAAUAAUGGAGGUGAAUGCAAACUUCCUUCCGAGCUGACAAAAUACGCCGAACAGAAACAUUUAAAAAUUUUCUUUCAUUCAGAUCCUUCGAUACUCAUCAACGAAGAUGAAAUCACGGAAGUGAUCCGUCAUGCCUGGCCUAAUUUACCAGCUCGAGCCCGCGCGGAUUGGGUUGUACGAUAUACCAUUGUCUCUAGAAAUACUUCCGUCAUUAACAGAAAAGGUUACUUGGUAAAAGCGAGUUUAUUAUGAGGAAACUCACUUUGAUGAGUUCGUAUGCAGGCUUUACUAGUCGACGUGAAUUUUUGAUAAUUUUUUGUUUCUGCAAUGCAGCUAAUAUUACAAGUAUACUAUUGAAAUAUAUUUGAUUUUGGACAUGUUUUUUCUUGACUGAUGUUCUCGAUUCGUUAUUGUGCUUCAAUAGAGUUCAACUUUAGACACAUGUUCCAUAAUAUGGUAAAAUAAUCAUGAAUUCAUUAAAAUAUAAAUCGGA